AUGAAGUCUAGAUGCACUAUUUCGAAUGUUGCGCCACCAAAACUGAAGAAAUCAGUUGCAAAAAGGCUUCAAGACGACGUAGAAGAUGAGGUAGCUUCGCAAACAGCAACUUUAGACUUUCAAAAGAUGGCUCAGGACGAAUCAGGAAUACCAAAUAAAAGGAAAGCAAUAGAUCCAGUGGAAAAAAUUCUCCUGGAAAAUAUCACGAACCGAGCAUCACGAAAAUCUGCAGCUUCACUGAACCAAUGGCAGCAGUGGGGAUUAUGGCUUGGCAAGGAGAUCGAGGAGUUUCGUGAUCCAGUGGGUACGAUAGAAAUACAAGCCUACAUCACUCAGUAUAUUGCUAGUAAGAAAAGAGGACAAAAGUGAAACGUUAAAAGACAUUCUAAGGAGUAAUCUACAGUAUACGUGAUACACUGGGGGACGGGGUUUUAAAGCAUUCUCCGUGUUAUGUGCAAUUGGAAAAGCAUCACGCUACGGGGGAGGCGGUGUUUUCCAAGUUCCUGAAAAAUGUAUCACGAAUUUUGUGAAACGCCCGUAAUAGUUUAAGUGUUUAGCAACAUUUUAAUUUUAUUGAACGAUUUAAAAAAAACGAGUUGAUACUUUAAAAAUAUUAUUGAUAUGUUCUAUCUUACAUAAGUAUUCACAGUAAGCGCUUUAUAAAAACCGUAUAAAAUAGAUAUACUUUGUUAUGUUAUAGCCGUUUUUCGAUUGCAAGUAGAGAGUU